ACAGCCUCCAUGAGACGAAAGUCUGGAGAUCCCCGCGAGAAUCUUAGCCGAUCGAGGGCCGGUCGAUCCUUUCAUUCUUUCCAAGAAUACAUAGCUCGCUGGUACUGGUGGAUCUCGUUCAAAUCUGGUCUACCACUGCCAGGACAUGGCUGUUGCUGAUCACCCGCAGGGGCGAACGGCAAUCCGGAUGGGAGUUUGCCAAGAGGUAACAAGCAUGGGAGGAUGGAAUCGGGUUCUUAUCACUCGUCGAUUGCGUGCAUUGGAUGCUUGGCAAUAUUGGGAUUGACGAAGAUUGACCGGAAUGUUCUGACGCGGCCCGGUAGAUCUUCCUGGUUCCAAGGCCUCAUCAUGGAGACCCUCGUUCGUCUGUUUCAAACUCGUGAAACAUGGUCGUAGAUCCAAGGUAGCACGCGUCAAUAAUGCAUGGGAAGUUCUGAAAGAGAUACCCGCCAAGAAGGUCACUAAAGACUGUUGAGUUUUAUGGCAUGUCAAUGGGUGCGAAAGGGGUUGAGAUCGAAAGCCAACAUUGCCUCUCCCCACUCCUAGACCAUGAUAUAAACCUCGAGUUUGCCCGACAAGAAGGGUAUUAUCAUUGCAUUAACCACUCUUACAAUGACGAUCUUCGAGAACCCUUCAAGUUCGACCGUCGUCCAGGAAGUUCCUUCCCACUCGGACAUAUCGACUUGCAAAGGCUCCGAGAAGCGCUCUUUCAAAGCCAGGCUGAAACAGUUCUGGCUGGGGGAGAUCGAUGUCCGAUGGACGGACCUGAUUCUGCUGGCCUGCAC